UUCUUCACCCAGGAGGAGUGGGCGCUGCUGGAUCCUGACCAGAGGGCCCUCCACCAGGAAGUCAUGGAGGAGAACUGGCAGACUGUCUCCUCUCUAGAUAACUGGAAAGAGAAAAACAUAUGUCUCAAAAAGAAUUUUACAACCCAAUUUGAGCUCACCAGACACAGGAGAACCGACAAAGAAAAAGAAAACUGUACCUGGGGGAAGCCCAAUGAAUGCCUUGUGUGUGGAAAACAUUUUGCCAUGAAGAGAUCAUUGAUACUUCACAAAAGGAUCCACGCAGGAAAGAAGAGCUUUCUGAGUGAAGAGACUGGUAAAGGUUUUGAUUGCAAGUUACACUUUGUGAGCCGUCAAAGAGUCCACACAAGAGGGAAAGCAUAUAAAAGCCCGGUGAGGAAAUGUUUUCCUCAGAUUUCAAAGUUGCUAAAUCAUCAGCAUAUCUACAGACAAGAGAAAGCCUACCAAUGCCAAGAGUGUGGGAAAUGUUUUGCUCAGAGCUUACAACUUGUGAGUCAUAAAAGAGUACACACAGGGGAAAAACCUUACAAAUGCCAAGAAUGUGGGAAAUGUUUUGAAUGGAAUUCCCACCUUGUGAGUCAUAAGAGAGUCCACACAGGAGAGAAACCUUACAAAUGUACAGAGUGUGGGAGAUGUUUUGCCCACACUUCAUUGCUUGUGAGUCAUAAGAGAGUGCACACAGGAGAGAAACCAUACAAAUGCCAAGAGUGUGGGAAAUGCUUUGCUCAAAGCUCACAGCUAGUGAGUCAUAAACGAGUCCACACAGGAGAGAAACCAUACAAAUGCCAAGAGUGUGCGAAAUGCUUUGCUCAAAGCUCACAGCUAGUGAGUCAUAAACGAGUCCACACAGGAGAGAAACCAUACAAAUGCCAAGAGUGUGCGAAAUGCUUUGCUCAAAGCUCACAGCUAGUGAGUCAUAAACGAGUCCACACAGGAGAGAAACCAUACAAAUGCCAAGAGUGUGCGAAAUGCUUUGCUCAAAGCUCACAGCUAGUGAGUCAUAAACGAGUCCACACAGGAGAGAAACCAUACAAAUGCCAAGAGUGUGCGAAAUGCUUUGCUCAAAGCUCACAGCUAGUGAGUCAUAAACGAGUCCACACAGGAGAGAAACCAUACAAAUGCCAAGAGUGUGCGAAAUGCUUUGCUCAAAGCUCACAGCUAGUGAGUCAUAAACGAGUCCACACAGGAGAGAAACCAUACAAAUGCCAAGAGUGUGCGAAAUGCUUUGCUCAAAGCUCACAGCUAGUGAGUCAUAAACGAGUCCACACAGGAGAGAAACCAUACAAAUGCCAAGAGUGUGCGAAAUGCUUUGCUCAAAGCUCACAGCUAGUGAGUCAUAAACGAGUCCACACAGGAGAGAAACCAUACAAAUGCCAAGAGUGUGCGAAAUGCUUUGCUCAAAGCUCACAGCUAGUGAGUCAUAAACGAGUCCACACAGGAGAGAAACCAUACAAAUGCCAAGAGUGUGGGAAAUGUUUUGCCGAGAACUCACAGCUUGUGAAGCAUAUGAGAGUACACUCAGGAGAGAAACCAUACAAAUGCCAGGAGUGUUGUAAAUGUUUUGCUCAGAAUUCCCAGCUUAUCUUUCAUAAGAGGCUUCACACAGGAGAGAAUCCAUACAAAUGCCAGGAAUGUGGAAAAUGCUUUGGACAGAAAACACAGCUUGUGAAUCAUGUGAGAGUCCACACGGGAGAGAAACCGUACAAAUGCCAGGAGUGUGGGAAAUGUUUUCCUCAGAUUUCAAAGUUGCUAAAUCAUCAGCAUAUCUACAGACAAGAGAAAGCCUACCAAUGCCAAGAGUGUGGGAAAUGUUUUGCUCAGAGCUUACAACUUGUGAGUCAUAAAAGAGUACACACAGGGGAAAAACCUUACAAAUGCCAAGAAUGUGGGAAAUGUUUUGAAUGGAAUUCCCACCUUGUGAGUCAUAAGAGAGUCCACACAGGAGAGAAACCUUACAAAUGUACAGAGUGUGGGAGAUGUUUUGCCCACACUUCAUUGCUUGUGAGUCAUAAGAGAGUGCACACAGGAGAGAAACCAUACAAAUGCCAAGAGUGUGGGAAAUGCUUUGCUCAAAGCUCACAGCUAGUGAGUCAUAAACGAGUCCACACAGGAGAGAAACCAUACAAAUGUAAAGAGUGUGGAAAAUGUUUUGCACAGAAUGCACACCUUGUAAGUCAUAAGAGAGUCCACACAGGAGAGAAACCAUACAGCUGCCAGGACUGUGGAAAGUGCUUUGCUAAUAGUUCACAGCUUCUGAGUCACAAGAGAAUCCACACAGGAGAGAAACCAUACAAAUGCCAAGAGUGUGGGAGAUGUUUUGCCCACAGUUCACAGCUUGUGAGUCAUAAGAAAGUCCACACUGGAGAGAAAAUGUACAAAUGCCAAGAGUGUGGGAAAUUUUUUGCUGACAGCUCAUGGCUUGUGAAACAUAAGAGGGUCCACACAGGAGAGAAACCAUACAAAUGCCAGGAAUGUGGGAAAUAUUUUGCUCAGAGUUCACAGCUUGUGAAACAUAAGAGGGUCCACACAGGAGAGAAACCAUACAAAUGCCAGGAAUGUGGGAAAUGUUUUACUCACAGUUCACAACUUGUGAGUCAUAAGAGAGCGCACACAGGAGAAAAACCAUACAAAUGCCAGGAGUGCGGGAUAUGUUUUACUGAAAGUUCAAAGCUUGUGAGUCACAAGAGAGUCCAUACUGGAGAGAAACCGUACAAAUGCCAAGAGUGUGGGAAAUGUUUUCCUGACAGAUCAAAUCUUGUGAGUCAUAGGAGAGUCCACACAGGAGAGAAACCUUACAAAUGCCAGGAUUGUGGGAAAUCUUUUGCUCAAAGUUCACAGCUUGUGAAACAUAAGAGGGUCCACACAGGAGAGAAACCUUACAAAUGCCAGGAUUGUGGGAAAUCUUUUGCUCAAAGCUCACAGCUUGUGAGUCACAAGAGAGUCCAUACUGGAGAGAAACCGUACAAAUGCCAAGAGUGUGGGAAAUGUUUUGCUCACAGUUCUCAGUUUGUUAAUCAUAAAAGAGUUCACAGAGGAGAUAAACCCUACAAAUGCCAGGAGUGUGGGAAAUGUUUUGCUCGGAAUUCACUGCUUUUACGUCAUAAAAGAGUCCACACAGGGGAGAAGCCAUACAAAUGUCAAGAAUGUGGGAAAUGUUUUGCUCGGAAUUCAAACUUUUUGGGCCAUUACAGAAUCCAUACAGGAGGGGAACCCAUCAAAACCAUGUAACAUGGAAAAUGUUUUGUUUGUGAUGCAUUGUUUAUUGAUUGGCAAACAUUUUAGUUGAGAUAGCAGUAUAAGCAAAGAACCGAGAAAUAUUCCCAUUUGUCACACAGCAAAAGUGAAUAACCAGGAGUGAAGCUACAGAAGGAGCACAUCAAGGGAGACUGGAAGAUUUUUCACAUGUACCAACAGAUUCAGUCUCUAAUGAAUCAAUGUUUUCCCCUUUAUUCACGAAGGCUUUCACGACCGGGAUCUAAUGGUUGUUGUGGGUUUUUCAGGCUCUUUGGCCAUG